AUCUCAGUCAUACUCUGAAUUACAGUCAAACGUGCAGAUGUAUAAAAGCACACGGACAAAAGCGUAUAGAGAAACAUACAAACUAACGAAUGAAUGAAUGAAUCGAUUAAUUGUGAGUACAAUUCACAAAAAUCAUCAGUCUGACUGAAUUAAAAUGAAAUAAAGAUUUUGAAAUGUGCACUUUGAACAAUCAUCACCAUAAUAUAAUAAUCAAGUACACUAGUAGUUAAUGUUUGUUAGAAGAGAAACACACACACACAAACACACACUUAUACGGACGCACCGUUGCAUUAAUUUCACAUAUAGGGAGACACUAAGCACACACACACACACAAACUCACAUACACGCACAAAAUGCUUAUGAAAACAUUAGCGUUGAAGACUCAUAAUAAUUAGAUUGUCUUUGAAUGAUUCGUUGAGCAUACAGUAAAGUACAGUACAUCACGGAUCAGAUAGAUCGCCUGUGGAUGAUUUAUACACAUUUUGUCUCUCUGCCCUAAAACAACGACUACUGCCUAUCAUUACAACUAUUACUAAUAAUAAUACUAAUACGAUCGUUACUAUAGCAAUUGUUUAACUCAUCAAAAAAUAUAUAUACAUAAUUACUACAUGUUUGAGUGCAUCAGAGAUCAUGUGAUUGUAAACAUGUUACUCAAAAUUUAAUGCAUUUGUUGCUUUCAUAUGCACAUAUAUACAUAUAUUCAUAUUACUCUGUGUGUAUGUAUACGAUACAGUGAAGAGAAGUGAACAGAAGCUUACAAUUAUUAUUACCAUUAUUACUAUUUUUACUACUCUUAUGAUAAUGAAUUUAAAUAGCGCGCUUUUCAAAAAUUGAAAAUUUGUUGUUCAACAUGUUCAAUUGAACAUGGAAUAAGAUUAGCAAAAAGACAAAAAAACAUCUAAAUUUGGAGGGAAUAUCAAAAAAAACUAAACUCUAUAAAUAUUUAAAGAAGUUUAUUUCUUACUGUGAUAAAACAAAAAGCAUCAACAACACCAGCAGACAAACCGACAGCAUAUUACAUAUUGUGUAAAACUACUGAGAAAGGAUUAAUUUAACAAUUGAUCAUUACUGUUAUUACUGACUAAUUGACUGUGUAAUUGGAUUUCGUGCUGUGUGCAUAUUUAUAGAUCAUAUUGAACUGGGGGUCAAAAUAUCCAACUUCAAAGGGGAUCUAAUUCUUCGCAUCAAAAGAAAAUUGUGUAAUUCAUAUAAGCCAGUAACUAGUCUCAUCAAAAUUUAUGAAACCGGAAGAAUUCAAAGAAUCACCUGAAAAGUCUGACAGUGUUGUUGUGGAACAGGCCAGUGUAAAUGAUAAUGUCAUCCUGUCCACAGAUCGUAAGCACAGAUGUUCUGAGGGGGAUGACGAUAAUGACAGCAGCGAUCAAAACAGCACUGGACCAAGCCAGCCAAAACGUCAGUGUUUAUCUGCCUCUUACGACAUCAAUAUUGAUAAUGUUGUGAAGGUGGAUCAUGAAUUCCAGUAUUGGUUUGUGUUCACUGUAGUGACAGCCGGUAGACAAGGCAGUGAAUUGGGGUCGGAUCAAACUCCACUUAUUCAGUUCAAUGGAGUACUGGGAGACUUCUACGCUAAUAAAAUUAUUGAUCGGAUCACAAUAAAUCUUCAUCCUGAAAGCCUAACAAGAGUUUAUCAAUGUUCAACAGAUUCGACUGACAAAAUAUUGCACUCCCAAAUGAACACAUACAGCAAUAACAAUAAUAAUAGUAAUAAUCACUUUAGAGUUGGUGAAUUUCAAACUCAUACUGAUUGGAAUAUAACUAAUCAUCCGACAUCUCUGAAUACAUCAAUAUCCCCAUCCACAAUAGAACCGGGUAAAUAUACAACAUCAACGCAUGUAAAUAUAUCAGCAGAAGCCUUAGAAGCUACUGGUUUACAAGAUGUUGGGCAUAUUGAAACAAAUAUCUUGAAUUUUAAAGAGUCAAUCAAAAAGAUUUUACAUUGGUUACAAGAAAACGGGGUAUCGAUUGACCAGCAUACUGACAUUAGGCCAAAUAUUCUACUCAUCACAGAGAAUCAUCAAUCUGUACGGAAUGUACUACACGCUGAAGCUGCCUAUCGUGGUUUGGAUGGUGAACUGAUGAAUCGAUCACCUUGGCUAGUGUAUACGGAUAUCGUUGGUUGUUGUGAACAAUUCAUUCAUCAUAAGAAUGACAGAGUUGAUGAUUUUGGGGAUAGGCAGGAACAACAAGAACAACAAGAAAGUAAAGAACCUCAGUUACAAAAUUUAUUUGAAGCUGCUCGUGCAUUAGAUAUUCCAUGUGAAGAAACUAAAGUUGCCUCUGUUAAAGCUGACCUAAUGGCCAAUAUAAUGAUCAGCCUCACUGAGAAGGGUUAUCGAGUGAAAGAUCCUGAGUUUGUACGUUACAACUAUGAGCAUAAAACAUUUUCACGAAAACUGAAAAUAGACGACAGUCAGGUGGUUGAAAUUCGUCAAGUUCCAUGGACUGCAACCCCAGCUACAAUAGCUCAUUAUUUUGCUGGUCUUAAUGUUUAUCCUGGUGGUGUAGCUAUUCGUUUAACCGAUGGCCGACGUAGUAAUACAGCUAUUGUAGCAUUCGCUGAUGCAAUGAAUGCUCAACUUGCACUGGCUAGAAAUCAACAUCAAUUGUGUGGUUCAUUGAUUGGAGAGCAUGUAAAUAGUACAACAGAUGUAAAUAGUCUACCAUUGUUGACCAAUCAUAUUGCGAAUAAUAAUAAUAAUAACAACAUUGGUGCUUGUAAUUAUAAUUAUAUUAAUCGAAGUGAAUGCUCAACGGAUAGCGCACAACUACAGCAACAGCAACAGACUACUACAAGUACGAACACAAAACCAGUCUAUCUGCAAAUUCAUCCAGCUACUGGAAGGGAAUUUGUUCAAUGUACUGGCUGUGAUCAAGAAUGUGUAACAAACUUUUUAAAUCAACUGACCAAUGGAGAACAAGUUGUUGUACGCAUACGUGGUCUACCGUAUACAACAACUAAAAAACAGAUUGUGGAAUUUUUCAAACCUGUUCAAGUAUCAGUUAUGCUUGAAGAAGAAGGCGUCUAUUUGGUUGCUUAUCCUGAUCGACGUCCAACUGGUGAUGCAUUUGUAUUAUUCAACAAUGAUUCUACAGCUACAAAAGCAUUGGGACGUCAUAAAGACUACCUGGGCGACAGAUAUGUCGAGCUGUUUAAAGCAUCACCGUCUGAAAUGGUUCAGGUUUGUUAUAAUGUAACACAAGUGCAUAGUUCAACUGCAUCGCAUAAAAAUCAUUCAGCUAUACUGGAUUAUCAUCAAACAAAUCCAAGAACAAGUAUCACCUCGUUAACAUCGAAUGGAACAGGAACACUGACGCCUACCAACUGUUCAAAUUUGAUGAAUUUCAUAAGUAAUAAUAGUAAAAAUAACAAUGGAAACUUAACUAAUGGAAGUAUUAUCAAUAGUAAUAUUAGUAAUCAUAUUAUUAAUAAAGAAACUCACUUAAAUCGAACUCUCAACCAGCUUAAAUCUGUCAUGAACUCUGGUGCCUUAUCAAAUUUAUCAAAUCUAUGGAAUUCUAGUCUACUUCCCUUAGGUUUAUCACACCAUUUGUUGACAUCCAGUGAAACAGGCUUAAAUGGUCAUCAUAUAAUCACAAAUAAUGGUACAUCCAGCCUACCGUCAUCAUCGCUUCCAUUAGCCUCAACAACUGAUCCUUCAACUCAUCUAAAUCAUCUCCUAUCAAGUAUUUCUGGCAUAAAUCCUGUUAUUCGUGAUCUAACCGACCCUACAGAUCCUGAAUGUCCAUUUGCAAGACCCCUACCUAUUGGUGGAGCAUGUGCUAUGGUCCAGUUGAAUGAAUUACCACUAGAAACAUCAAGACAUGAUAUACGAUUGUAUUUGGGACCGGCAAACUUUGCAAAAGUUUAUCGAAUGAGAAGAAUGGAAAAUUUGCCCAACAGUCAUACGUCCACAUGGUUACUAUCCCUAAUCAAUACAAAUGAAGCUAUCCAAUUCAUUCGAGAUUUAGUCAAUAGAACAUUCACAAUAACUACGGUCGGUGGUGUUUGUAAUCGUGGACAUACUUCUACCACCACUACUACUAACAAUAAUAACAAUAGUAAUAAUAUUAAUAAUAAUAAUAAUAACGGUAAUAAACAAAUGAAAAUGCCGUCAAAUAUUCCAACCUUUGCACUUUAUAGCGUUAAUCAAGACGGUAAACUAUCAGUGAUUAUCUUAUCAGAUAUUGGUCUUGGCAUUCCACUGCAUAGGAUACAUCCAACAUCUUAUGGAAGACUAGCACAACCAGCAGCUGCAACAGUGGCGGCACCAUCAACGGUGACAUCAUCGAAUAAUGAGACUGUCAGUAAUCAUUUGAACUGGUCACAAUAUCAGCAACAACAACAAUCAAUAAAGUUUCCAAUAACAACGAAAUAUGAUGAUCAAAAUAUACUGAAUACUGUUACUUCACCUGUCCAACUCUCAGAUCCACAUACAGUCUUAAAACGAUUAACUCAACCAGUCAGAAAUUUCGAUAUAUCGCAUUUUGUCAAUUCACUACCUGGUCUUCAUCUUCAAUCUCCAGUCAAUACUCAAGAUCAAGAAGGAUUAUUGCUUCCAUCAAGUCUUAUACCUUCAACAAACCAAGGUAGUUCAUGCAUUCCAUUGGAUCCUAAAGUUCCAACACUUGUAAAUGAUGCCUCAAUAGCUCAAAAUCGAUUCAGUCAAUCCGGCUUGACAGCAUCUAUGGUCAUGCUAACCGGUGCUCCAGUUGAUGCAACACAAGAAGAACUAGCAUCAUUGUUCAAUCCUGUUCGUCAUCUACUGACGGCUCAACCAUACUUCAUACCAUUUCAAUAUCAACCAAAUGGUACAGCUAAUUUUCUAGCCUGUUUUAACAAUCCUCUGGAUGCACAGACAGCAGUACAUUACUGUCCAAACGGUAGUCUACGAUCAAGUCAAUAUAUUAUAGGCGCAGCAUGUUUAAUACCCCCAACAACAAAUAUGAUGGCGUUGACAACUAAUAAAAAUUAUCCUAUUACACCAGUAAAUAUGAUUCCUGUUAAUACAACAAAUAUGUUAUUGCCUAACAGUCUGGUGAACUCUUCAAAUCUUCAACAAAGGAAUGACCUAUUCAAUUCAGGAGUUCUUUUCAUACCUCCAAAUUUAUCUUCACAAACAUCAGUAUCGUCAUCGCCAUCAAUGCCAUCAACAAUAACAACAUCAACAACAAUAACAAUACCGCCAAUAUCUGUACUUCAUCCAAAUCAACUGCAUUUUCAAUGAUUUAUUCGACAUACCAUUGAGAUGAAUGAGUCUCUACUUUUCUCAUCUUUGAAAUUAGUCACUUUAUUUUUUCACUGAAUUUGUUUGUAUUAGUGAUUUUGUUUUUGUUUUUUUAUAAUGUGUUGUGUUGAGAUGCCUCGCCUUGUUUGUUUUUCUUAAGUGUUUUAUCUGUUCUCUCCUUUCUUCAUUUUUCUUUGUACAUGAUAAAAACGCACAGAAAAAAUAAACAGCAGCAACAACAACAAUAACCACAGUGUAACGCUGGUUCCCUUAUUCAACUUUGAAAGUGUGUGAGUAUUAUUUUUUUCGAAUAUCAAAUAUUAAUUGUGUACAAUGUGAAAAGUGAGAUUGCAGUCAUCGUGUCUAUUAUAAGCUAGACAGUAAAUAUGGGUUAUAUGGGCAAAAGAGUAAAUAAUAAACACUAAAGUCAGGUAUGACUUUGAACUGACCAAUCAGAUAGCUCAGUAUAACAAAUAGAUGCCGUUCACAUAAUCUUCGAUGUCAGUUUCACCUAGAUUUUGUUUUUGACUUAUGUGUGUGGAAAAUGGGUUGUGAUAGGGAGGACUAAAACAUGCAAAUGUUCGGUAGGGGGGGGGAUAAUGAGUGUGUAAAAGCAUUUCCAGGCUAUUGAUGGUUAUGCAUUCAGAUGCAACCCCGCUUUGUGUGAGGUAGUCUGUAAGUGCUGGUAAGCCGCACAUUGUGAUGAUUUUUCAGACACUUUCUUCUCGAGAUCGAAACUCUCCCUUAGUAAUGUAUUCCGCAUAUGCUACAACUGCCUAGUGAAGCGACCAGUGUCUGCUACAGCUGUAGAAACAGAGAAUACACUAGUUUGAUAUGUCUACAACCACUUCUAUGAGAGACUGGGACCAG